AUGAUAUUUUUAAAAAGUGUUAAGAAGGAAUAUCCUUGCCUUGCACCUAAUCCUGUAACUUGGUCUCUUCAUCGUUGUUGCCAAGAUGGUUGGAUUGGUUUCCAAAAUAAUUGCUAUUAUUUUUCUAAACAAGAAGGAGAUUGGAAUUCAAGUAGAUAUAACUGUUCUAUUCAGCAUGCUGACCUAACUGUGAUUAAUACUAUAGAGGAAAUGAAUUUUCUUAGACAACACAAAUGCACUUCUGAUCAUUGGAUCGGGCUGCAUAUGACAGAAAGUCAAAUGGGAAAAUGGAUAAAUGGAAUCAUAUUUAACAACUGGUUUGAUGUGAGAGGGAAUGAAAAAUGUGCUUACCUCAGUGAUGAUGGUGCAGCAACAGCUAGAUGCUACACAGAAAGAAAAUGGAUUUGCAGGGGAAAAAAAGGCACAAGGAGAAACAAGGGAGGUUUCGCCCCCUGAGCCAUCUGAAAGAAUGUAACCCAG